AUGGCUGACGACGAUGACAUCGUCAUCUCCGGCUUCUCCGCCUAUUUUCCACAAGCCAAUCACCUGGUAGAGUUUAAGGAGAAGCUCUACGCUAGUGUCGAUAUGGUCACUGAGGACGGCUUGCGUUGGCCCCCUGGGCACAUGGGCUUGCCUGGACGCCACGGGAAGAUCCUAGAUCUGUCCCGCUUUGACGCUCAGUUCUUCCACACGAACCCAAAGCAGGCACACGUGAUGGACCCACAGCUACGAAUGCUGUUGGAGACGUCGUACGAGGCCAUCUUCGAUGCCGGAUACGACCCCGACACACUGCGCAAGCGCAGCAUAGGUGUAUUCAUUGCAAAUUCGAACUCCGAGUCAUACUACGCUUUUCGCAAGGACGACAAGGUGGAUAGCAACUACCUGCUGGGAUGCGCCAGGUCAAUGUUUUCCAACAGAAUCUCCUACUCUCUCGACCUGCAAGGGUCGAGUAUGACGGUCGACACUGCGUGCUCUUCCACACUUGUGGCAUUGAACGAGGCCAUGCUCGCGCUUCGCUCUGGGCGAUGCGAGGCUGCCAUCGUGGGCGCUGGGAACCUCAACCUCGAUCCAUGCGUCGCGCUGAAUUUCAAGCAGAUGGGCGUGCUGUCAGAGGACGGAAAGUGCAAGUCUUUCGACUCAAGUGGCGACGGCUACGUUCGAAGUGAAAUUAUUGGCUGCAUGUUCCUACAAAAAAUUUCCGAUGCCCGUCUAGUAUACACCAAGGUUAUCAACGUAAAUGUUAAUACCGAUGGUUACAAGCUCGAAGGAAUGCCCUUCCCAUCGGCCGUAACGCACGAGCAGCUACUCCGUGCUACGUACGCAGAAGCCGACGUCGAUCCACGGAGAGUAGUGUACGUCGAGGCCCACGGUACUGGCACGAAGGUUGGCGGGCCUCAAGAGCUGGAAGCGAUUAGCAACGCCCUUUGUCCACCGGGACGCGAAACACCCCUGAAAAUCGGAUCCGUGAAAAGCAAUAUAGGACAUGCUGAAAGCGCUUGCGGUAUUGCUUCAAUGGCAAAAGUCAUCCUGACCAUGGAGACGGGCACCAUCGCAGCUAACCUACAUUUCAAGGAGCCAAGCCCUGAUAUCCCCUCGCUGCAUGACGGCCGCCUAGUUGUGGUUGACAGGCCAAUGCCCUUCGAUGGUGGUCUUGUGGCCAUCAGCUUGCAGGGCAUCGGCGGUACUAACGCCCAUGGAAUCUUCGAGCCCCAUCAAGGUCCGCACGUAGACCGUCUGCAACGUGAGAAGCCGGAAAUUCCGAGGCUUGUUCUCUUGGCUGGUAGAACCAAGGAGUCAAUGCUGCGCACCCUGGAUCGAAUAGAAGCCGAAGGGCCGUACCCAGACCCCACCUACGCCCUGCUGAAUCGUGUAGGCCAGCCAAGCACGAGGCAGUUCCCCUGUCGAGCCUUCGCCAUCGUCCCUGUGGACGAUUCGGCAAGGGAGAUCGUUAAAGCCGUUCAGGAUGUACCAUCAGAAAAGCGUCCCUUGUGGUUUGUGUUCACAGGCUUAGGCUGCCAGUGGUAUGAGAUGGCGAGUCAGAUGAUGCAAUUUGACAUCUUCGCCCGCUCAAUCCACCAGUCUCAUGCAAUGCUACGGGAUAAGUUUGGCAUUGACCUGAUAGACCUGGUGACCAGUGCCGACCCACGAAACAAGUCCAUCGUUUCAUUCGUUGUCGCCAUUACUACCGUUCAGGUUGCGCUGGUGGACAUGCUACACGCUAUAGGCCUCAAGCCAGACGGCAUUGUGGGACACUCUCUGGGCGAGGUUGGCUGUUCCUAUGCCGAUGGGGGCUUAAAUGCCGAACAGGCAGUUCUAUCUGCCUACUGGCGAGGUCGCUGCACAGAACUGAAGAAUCCACCUAAAGGAUCUAUGGCUGCAGUAGGACUUACAUGGGAUGAAGUGACGAAGAGAUGUCCCCCUGGUGUGUACCCUGCAUGCCACAAUGCGGAAGACUCUGUGACUGUGUCCGGUCCCACCGAAGCUGUGGCAGAGAUGGUCGCACAACUCAAAGCCGAGAACAUUUUCGCUCGCAAUGUUGACAGCUUGGACGUGGCCUUUCACAGCAAGCACGUCGAACAUAUUGGGCCUAGCCUUCUAGAAGAGCUGAACAAGGUGAUACCGCAGCCUAAACUGCGGAGCAAGCGAUGGAUUAGCUCGACCAUUCCGGAGAGUCAUUGGCAUGAACCCUCCUCGCAACUGUGCUCUGCCGAAUACCACACGCACAACUACCUGAACCCGGUCCUCUUCCGUGAGGCUCUAACGCAUGUACCUAAACACGCCAUCUUGUUGGAGAUUGGACCACACUGCCUCCUGCAGCCGAUCCUGCGGCGUGCUGUGGGCCCUAAAGCCACUUGUCUGGGUCUUAUGAAGCGCUACACGGACAACCUGGAGUACUUCCUUCGCUCGCUUGGCAGGCUUCACACUCUUGGUGUCCAAAUGAACUUGUCGGUGCUCUACCCUCCAGUUCCAUGGCCCGUGCCACGUGGCACUCCAAGCAUUGCACACUUGGUCAGCUGGGACCACUCGCAAAGCUGGACAGUGGCCCAUUGGAAGGACUUUUCUAACGCGACAGAGGCCUUUGAAGAGGUCAUUCAGAUUGACGUUGGAUCGAACAGUGCGGACAAGUAUCUUCUCGGUCACCAGCCCGAUGGUCGUGUGAUCUUUCCUGGCGCUGGCUACAUGCUUCUCGUGUGGAAGACUCUCGCAAAGCGCUUGGGAAAAUCCUUCAACGAAGUACCCGUCAUCUUUGAGCACCUGAAAGUUCAGCGCGUGACUAUCCUACCUCCAUCUGGCUGUGUGAGAAUCAUGGUCACAAUGAUGCCACUGUCUGGGGAGUUUGAAGUUUGCGAGUCGAGAGCAGUGGUGGCUAAAGGGCGCAUCCGCGUGGCCAAGGAAGGGGAGGCAGUGCUUCUCAAGGACCCUCCGGGAACCCCAAAAGAGGCCAUCACUUACGACAUGGACAUUGGCGACGUCUACAAAGAACUCAGUCUCCGCGGCUACAAGUUUUACGGAGCAUUCCGGGGUGUCCUGGAAGCUUGUUCACAAAAACCCUACUUCAAGCUGAAAUGGGAAAGCAAUUGGGUCACCUUUCUAGAUGCACUGGUGCACGUCAAUUUCAUCUGGAAUCCACAUAGGACGUUUGACUUGCCUGUUUAUGUGCAGUCGUGCCGCAUUGACCCAAGGGUUCAAGAAGCGAUCACGGAGGCUUCUGCAGGAAAGGGAGUACACGCCGUCUAUUGCCCAUAUCUCAACAUGGGCCGUGCAGGGGGCGUUGAAAUAGAGGGCAUAAAAUUUAGCAGUGUGACGCGACGGCCAGUGCAGCAGGACCCCAUCUUGGAAGAGUAUCGCUUUGUACCAUACCAGGACAACGAUGUCGCAAGGUCUAGAAAAGAACACUUCGUGCGACAAUACGCAGAUGUGUGUGGUUGUACCUUGCUGCACGUCCUGAAAAACUUUGAAGUAAACAGCAAUUUUUCCGAAAUGGGGACUCACUGUUGUGAGUUACCAGAAGAUAUUCAGAGUCGGUACACUGAGAACAUUCAAUCAAACCAUGGCUUGCUAGGACUACUGCUUAACGUGCGCAAAGAUGUCAAUGGUGCUGAAUCCCUGGCUUCUACCGUGAAAUCAGCAAUACUGACCAACAGAACAAGUUUGGAGGCGGACUUACUCAACAUCAGUCUACUCGGAGAAAACCCACUGAGGUUCCUGCUUGACGUAGUGGUUGAAAAUACAAGCUUCACAAAACUCACUGUGCUGGAGGUGGCGGUCGACGGAGACGUUCAACUUAUGAUUCCAUGGGUGAGCGAUUCGCUUUCGUUGUACGAUGGGAAGCUGAAAACAACGUACUACGUCAGCCACCCAAAUCCAGACAGCCUCCCUCUGGAUCAACUCCCCAAAGGGGCAUCCGUACUUGCACGGCACCAUUCUGCUUCAGAUGAAAAGUUGCCUCAAGCUGACUUGUUGUUAGCUUUCUUCGGCAUUAUGACCACACUUGCCGACCUCUCUGCAUUGGCUCAAGAAAUGUUCUCGCAGUGCAAGGAAGGCGGUUUUGUUCUUAUCUCCCACCGCACUACAUUGACAGUGGCCGAAGCCUUACUGUCAAAAAUCAGUGGGGUUCCUUUUCAAGUUUAUUCAGAAGAGGCAACUAGAGCAGUCUUUGAAACUUGUGGAUUUCGAUUAGUGGGUCUGAAGUCGAACAACCUCUUUGUGCUGCUAUUGCUUAGGAAGAUGACCUUACCCGUCGAUGUUUCCAGGCAGGUGGUUAUCAAGAUAGAAAACAGCAACUUCAGCUGGGUUAAGACGCUGAAAGAGAAAGUCGCUGAAUACGUCGGCAGGUCCGCCAGAGGUAACAUCUGGCUGCUCAGUGAAGAUGCCGGUACCAGUGGUGUCCUGGGUCUGACAAACUGCCUUUUACAAGAGACUGGUGCACGUCUCGUAAGGUGUGUAUUCGACGCCUCCGGAAGUGGUGGAAACAGUGUAGCCGACUUUAGCCCCACCAACCCAGCCUAUAAGGAUAUCGUAGAAAAUGGCCUAGUGAUGAACGUGUAUCGCGAUGGACAGUGGGGCUCCUUCCGGCAUCGCAAGAUCGAUUGGUCUGGGGAGGCAAAGACUGUUACGGGAGACGCUUACCUUCACUUCAAGAAGCGCGGUGACCUGUCCAGCCUGCAGUGGUACGAGUCCCCCCUUGGCUACACUUCCCCGUCCGAAAAAACUUCCUGCAGUGAACUUAUCUGCGACGUGUACUACGCACCUGUUAACUUCCAUGACGCCAUGAUUGCCACCGGCAAAGUCAACGAUGAUGGCUCUAUUGUUGAUGUCACCGGUCAAGGCACGUUCCUGGGCACAGAGUUCUCGGGGCGGGACCAGGACGGACGCCGUGUCAUGGGUUGUCUCGGUGGCAAGUGCAUCGCAACCAGGGUCGCAGCGGACCCAUUCGCUCUGUGGGAAGUGCCGGAUUCAUGGACCCUGGAAGAGGCUGCCACGGUUCCCGUUGCUUACUCCACUGCCUACUACGCCCUCAUUAUGCGGGGCGCGAUGCAAUCAGGAGAGUCAGUCCUCAUCCACUCGGGAAGUGGAGGCGUGGGUCAAGCCGCUAUAUCUGUUGCCCUGUCCAUGGGCUGCACCGUCUUCACAACCGUCAGUUCAGAGAAAAAGCGGAACUUUCUAAAGUGCCGCUUUCCACAACUGGAGGACAGGCACUUUGCAAACUCACGUGACCGCUCAUUCGAAGAACACAUCAAGGUGCAGACACGUGGUCGUGGUGUGGAUUUGGUGCUGAAUUCCUUGGCCGAAGAUAAACUGCAGGCCAGUGUGCGCUGCUUGGCCCCGCAUGGCCGUUUUUUGGAGAUCGGCAAGUUCGACCUCUUCGAAGACAACAACCUGGGCAUGUCGGUGUUCCUGCAGAAUGUCACCUUCCACGGAGUCAUGACGGACAGCUUGCAGAGGAAUGACCCGGCAACGCCGGUGCACAAGCGUCGCAUUGUUGAGCUCGUCCGCGAAGGAAUCGCAUCUGGUGUGGUGCGCCCGCUGAACAUCAUCAAGUUCACUCGAGACCAGGCUGAGCAGGCCUUCCGCUACGUUGCAUCUGGAAAGCAUAUAGGAAAGGUUUUGAUUGAGAUACGGCCAGAAGAGACCCAGCUCCGUGAUACUAAAACACCAUCGGUGACACUAGAGGCCGUGGCGCGUCCGUGCUUCUACGGACACAAGUCUUACAUCGUCGUUGGUGGCCUGGGUGGCUUUGGUCUUGAGCUGGCAGAAUGGAUGAUAUCUCGUGGCUGCUGCAAGCUUCUAUUGAUCUCAAGGACCGGAGUACGGACCGGUUACCAGCGGCUUUGCAUUCACCGGUGGAGCAACGUCGGUGCUACUGUUAUUGUGAGCAACGAGGAUGUAUCCACGGAGGAAGGUGCCCGCAAACUAAUUGAAAACGCAGAAACGAUGGGACCUGUGGGCGGCAUUUUCAACUUGGCCAUGGUUCUUCGCGAUGCCCUCAUCGACAACCAGUCGAAGGAGAUGUACGAAGAAGUGUGCAAGCCGAAAGUUCUUGUCACCCAACGCCUGAACGACGUGUCGCGAGAACGGUGCCCCUCCUUGGACCACUUUGUCGUGUUCUCUUCCCUUGCUUCUGGUCGAGGAAAUGCUGGUCAGACAAACUACGGUUAUGCCAACUCUGUGAUGGAGCGUGUGUGCGAGCGUCGCGUGGAAGAUGGACUACCUGGGCUGGCCAUUCAGUGGGGUGCAAUCGGUGACGUUGGUGUACUCCAUGAUAACCUGGGUGAGGACGUUGCAGUCGCUGGACUUGAGCAACAGUCAAUAAAGUCCUGCAUGGCGGUGAUGGACGCAUUUCUUAGCCAAAGCCAUCCCGUUGUUUCGUCGUUCGUCAAGAAGAGCUCGUCUAUGGCAGCAGAUUGCAAGGAUAAAGGCGAUCUUGUUGAAGCCGUAGCACAUAUCCUUGGCAUUAAAGACUCAUCCACGGUAAACCCAAGCGUAACCCUCGGCGAGUUGGGCAUUGACUCGCUGAUGACUGUCGAAGUAAGGCAGCUGUUGGAGCGAGACUAUGACGUUGCCCUUUCCAUGCAAGAAAUACGACAGCUCAGCGUAGCCCAACUUAGAGAGAUCAACGAAACCUGCAUCGAGAGAAAAGGGAUGCCGGACAGCUGCAACGCUGUAGAAACAAACCAUGAGCCCUCGUCUCACGGUACGGCAUCGGUUGUAGUGGUGGUGGUGCCUGGCGAGGAAAAUGCGGCGGCACGACCUCUUUACAUGGACGCGGCGCGGGAACGUUGCUUCCGGCUAGAGCAGCGUAGCUCAUUCCUUGUGGCUCAUGCGGCGCUGGUUCAGAAGGGCGAAGCCAAAAGCGAGCAACCUUCAGUCAUGAGUUCUAUGACACCUCCCCAAGAACCCGGGCACAAAACAAGUGGUCAGUCAGGUGCUCAUUCCCCUCCAUCGUCCGCGUCUGCACCGGCGUCGUCACCGGCAGGUACCGAGGACAGCCCUUGGCGGCGGUUCCUGGCACUCGGCAAGGGGCUCACCACCGACACGGAGAGUUCAGUCAGCACAGUUCCACUGCUGAGUCCCAGUUCAUCCCCAUGUGAAUCAUCUCACCACAGCGGCAAGGGAUCGUCGCUAGCCGCACAGUCCGCACCUGGAAGCACGGCACCUAUUUCACCAUCUUCGCCUACUGAACAUGUUCCAGCCUCUGGCCUGGCAACUUCUACUAGAGUCGGCUCAGACAUGGCAAGAACGAAGGCGCAAGUUACUCAGCCGUGGGUUUGCGAUGCCAUCUGCUCUCUCGGGGCAGCAGCGGCAUCACUGGCGCUAAUGGCGAUGAUGUUCAUGUACGCGGUGUGGAUGCUCAGUGACAGUGGUCGGAUGGCUAAGCCAGCACACCUAUCCGUUAACACAUGUACUACUGAUGACUGCAAAUGGCACGCCGCUUAUCUCCUGGAUGCCAUCAACAGUUCAGCGGAACCGUGCCAGGACUUCGAAGCGUUUGCAUGUGGGCGGCGCGAGCCUCCGCCAAAGCUGCGCAGCUUCGACACACUGCUGAAGCACCACUGGCACGUGCUGGACGUGAACUUGAUGGUAACCAGGGGCCUCCGCAAGCCACCACGCUUCACAGCAACGCGCAAGGCGGUCGCCAUGUUGCUGGCCUGUCUUCACCAGGGCUCUCUCGACAACCGGCGUCGGGGUAGGCAGUCAGUCUCGGCCACUGUCUUCAAGAUCCGGCAAACCUUUCCAAAUUGCAUUCUCUUCACAGGCCCUGAUAAACUUCUUGAAAGACAGGGGCUUGUCAUGGCCCGAGCCGUCAGGUCCGGUGCCUACCUCUAG